AGAGAUGGCAACUCGGUUCUGUUCGGCCAAACGUUUCUAUGCUCCAACAUCAUUGUCGUCGACGUCCAAAUCGUCCUAAAAAAUAAAAAAAAAAUAAAAUUAAAUUAAAGUAUUUUAAAAUCUUUGGACACUAGGCGAGUAACAUUUGAUACUAACAAUCUUACACUUUCGACGCAUUAAACGCACUGCAUAUAGUGACGCCAAAAAUUUCAGCGCGACGGCAAAAUAUUGAACAAAAAAUAAUCCCCACUCCUUUGUUUUGGAGCAUAUAAAACCUGACUUGGAGUCUAGAAUCGUCACUUUUAUUUCUGGAAGUCGAGGGACAAGAUCAUACCUAUCAUGGAGGACGGAUUUAACACCGAAGAACUUUUGUCAAUAUUGCCACUAGUUGGACAAGGGAUAAGCACUGAAGAACCAGUACCAGAAUAACAAAGAGGGGGUCGUUUAAAAUUUCCUAAGCUUGAGGGGGGUCGCUAUACAAAAAAGUUUAAGAAGCCCUGCAAUAGAUAACAUUAAGAAUUUGUAGAAAAGCAGUGCAGUAUUGUGAACAAAGUUGCCAUCAAUUUCAUUCCAGGACCAACCUGGCAUGAUGUCAAUGGUGUCCAACCUCACCGAGUCUCCCAAAACAGUUUACUUCUUAAGUAAAAUAUCACCAGACAUUAGCUCGGCCAUCAACAGUACAACGCCAUAUCCAAUUUUCAUCGGAACCAAAUUUAAGAGCAGUUGCAUGUUUCACCAAAGUAGUGAUCAUGAUUAUUUAUACACUGGAAAAUUGUGCAUAACGUCCAAUAUUUUAAACAGUUCAUACAUCAAAGAUUUAGGGGAGAAAGAACAGAUUGAUACUUUAAUUUGUGACAGUUCUAUUAUUGAUGUUCCUGUUGAUUUUAAUGUGCAAAAUGCUGCUGAUAAGAUUGAAAGUAUCAUCAGGAAUUAUUCAAACAUGAAAAUAGUUAUUAGCAUGGAUACUUUUGGAAUGGAAGAUUUGCUAUUUGAAAUAGCCUGUCGAGGAUACCCUGUAUACACUGGGUGUUCCAGAAAUGCUUUUUUGAGAAUCCAAAAUGCUGAUUCAUAUUUUACAACUUCUAGAGAUGCUGUUUUAAGAGUUGUCAAUAAAGCAUUUUGUGUGAACAUCGAUGAUGUCACAGAAAACUCAAUUGCUGAACCAGUUAAGCAAGAAGAUGUCAAAGUACCAGACGUCCUGGUAAAAAUCAGCAGCUCGAGCGAUCUUAAUUUAGAUUCCCUUACAUCAUACUUCAACCACCAACAACCUGGUCCAAACGAUCCCUACAUAUCACUAUCAAAUGAUAUUCUUUUAAAAAGUAAACCUGAAGAAGUUCUUUCUAAUCGUCAAAAGAUGGUAAAGCCAACAACAAAAAGGCUGCAGAUAGUUUAG